CAACCGUCAACACUUCCAGUUAAAAACACUGCUCAGCCAUAAAACCCUAAUCCUUGAAAACUCUAUUUAAACUACUAAAAGCCCUAACCUUGCCGCCUCUAAAGAUUUAGCAACCCUUUCUAUCAAUUUCUUCAUAUUUUUCAUUUGAUUUUCUUCUCUGGUUCAAAUGAUUUUGUUUCGCUCAAAAUCGCUCCUUGAAAUCAAAAUAAAAAUAUUGUUUUUUUUUUAUGCAUCUGUUUACCCUCUCCUUUUUGUAGCGAAAAGCAAACAAUUGCUCAUGGAGAUAUAACGGAUGCAGAUAGUGAAAGUUUUUUUCUUAGGUUUGUUUGUUGCAGGUUCAAGUGAUGAGAAUUAUGAAGACAAGACUCCAAAUGUACUUAUAAGGUAAAAGGAUUGUGUUCUGGCUGAGUACAGUUGAUUAGUUUCAGCAAAAGCAACUUGAAAAGAUGGCAAGUAUCAUCCAGCUGGAAAAUCGGGAAACUGAAGAAGAAACAAAUGGUUCAUUAAGAAAGGAAUUGUUAGACGAAGGUGACAUCGUGGAAAGCGAAAGAGAAGAGCAUUUUUCAGAUUCUGUCAAAGAUUGGGAGAUUAACAUAAAAAAUUUAAUCAACAACCAGAGGUGUCCUAAUUUAUCUCGUCCUUGCUGUAUCUACCGAGCGCAUGUACUUCGAGAUGUGGAUUGUGCAGCCUUCACCCCGAAAAUCAUCUCAAUCGGUCCUCUACAUCGUUUCCAAAAACAUUUGAAGGGAAUGAACGAGACAAAAAUCAAAUGUCUACACAAAUUCCUUGAACAUGCUGCCAAGACUGCUAGGUUGCAUGAGCAGCAGGGACUUACCAGCUUGGAAGAGCUACUGUCAUUUCUUGGUUCGAAAGAAAUUGAUCAUCAGAUUGAAAGAGCCAAUGACUUCUCCUGUUUGGAUAAUUUUCUCGGCAUUUUAAAAUCUUUGGAAAAUGACAUCCGUGGUAGUUACGGGGAGAACUUGAAUGAUAUUGGCAGUGAAGAGUUUGUGAGGCUUAUUCUUGUGGAUGCUGCCUUCAUCAUUGAGCUCUUCCUGGGGUUGCAUUUUCAAAGCUACUGGGAUACCUUUCAACCACCGACUUAUCUGUUGGUUUUCAUAAGGAAUGAUCUGUGGCUACUAGAAAAUCAACUGCCAUUCUUUGUUCUUGAAGAGCUAUAUAACUCGGCCUUCCGCUUUUGUCCUGAUAUUUACCCUCCCUUCCUUGAACUUUCAAUCAACGUUUUCAAGAUUUACAAUGAUCAGAAUAAGGAGUCCAUCACAUUCACAGGAAAAGUAAAUCAUUUCACAGAUUUGCUAAGAGCUUUCCUUCUACCAUCAUCUGGAAAUUUUCAGGACAAGGAACAAAAUUCCAUAUCUGAAAACCAACUUCUAAGUUUAGAACAACAUUUACCCAGCGCAACCCACCUACAUGCAGCAGGUGUGAAGUUCUGUGCAACCGAAAGCAAAUGCUUGCUUGACAUAAAAUUUUCCAACGGAAGACUUGAAAUACCAUCUCUGCAUCUAUGGGAUGAAACAGGAAUUCGUUUCCGCAACAUCAUCGCCCUGGAGCAAUAUCACUAUCCACAAGAAAGAAUCAUAAGUGACUAUUUCACACUUAUGGAUUACCUUGUUGACACAAGCGACGAUGCAGAUUUACUUGUGGGUAAGAAAAUUAUUAAGCAUUGGCUUGGAAGUAGUAAUGAAGUGGCCAGCUUGUUUAAUAGUCUUUGCGUAAAUAUUCUUAAAGGAUUGAUUAACCCAAGCUUCUUCCAUCUUAUAGAAGAGUUGAAUAAAUACCACGACCAACCCUGGCAUAGCUGGAAAGCAGCCCUAAGGAGUCAGUAUUUUAGCACACCCUGGAGAAGUGCUUCUACAACUGCUGCAAUUAUAUUGCUUGUUCUCACUUUAGCUCAAACCUUAUUGGCUGCCUUUUCGAUCCGUACGUAGCUUGGGAUGCUGGAGCUUGAUGUGUUUUAAGUAUGUAAUAAUUAAGCUAUAACCAUGGCAUGAAUUAAAACUUGGUGGUUGGAAAUCUCUUCCAUUUGAACUUGUGUUUUGGGUGUAACUCAUCAUAUUUAUGUAUUGUAUGCUCAUAGACCUCAUGGAUAUUGUUUUCUAAUUAAUCUAGCUCAUUGGAAGAUCGUGUUG